UACAAUGAACCCAAAGGACCUAGACACUAUCGAACACACAUUAACUGCAAGAUCUGCAUCUCCAACAACACUUUCCGUAUCACCCUCCCUCGACACACCUUCUCUUCUCUCUGCAACACUCUCGCAUAGUCUUAGCCCUAGUUCUUCUCCAUCUCGUCUCUCACCCUGUCCAAUUCCCUCAUCCUCCUCCCCUUCUCGCCUCAGUCCAUCUUCUCAUUUUAUUUCAUCUUAUUCUCCGGUUCGUUUGUCUCCAUGUCCCACACCUGAACUAUCUCCAUCACCCACUAGUCCAUCCUCCCAUGAGCCUCUUUCUUCUGUCAUCUUCAAAAAGCCCAUCCACAUUACCUCCUUUAGUCAAACUGGGGGAACCCUGGAACACCACAACCAGAUUCACAGUUCUCCACCCUGCAUCAUCAAUACAAUGGACACAUGUCUGAAUGUUCCACAUCUGAAACCAGAUGAAACCAUAUCUCAAUUUGAGCCAACAUCAACUGACAGCUCAUCAGUACCUAUUGAAGAAAACAAACCAUUGGAUUCCCUUCAUAUGCAUGAUAAGAAUUUGACUGAAGAAAAUAAAACAUCUAGAUUCACACCCAUUUCAUCCCCUGAGAGAAAAGCUAGAUCAAUUCCCAUAACCAGAACAAGCCAGAAAACUGGCCCAAAACUGGAUCAACCUCAACUAAAAAACCUGAAUUCAAACGUCACUGGAGUUACCAAACCGACAAAGUUCGAAAGCUUAAGCCCUCACACGUUGAAACAUGUCGAAAAAUGUGCGAGAAUCCCACAGACUUUAGCGAGCUACCAAAAGAGGCGCCAAUCCCAGGACCCAACUCUUGUUCAAAUCCGUCUCGGAUUGAUUAAAACAGGGAGGAUUGUAAACGCUGGCACCCAGCUCUCUCAAUCUGAGAAGAGGAAGCCAAGCAGUGAAGAGAAUGAGCCAAGAAUUCAAGAUGGACAUUCAUCUACUUUGGGAAGGCUACCGCUUCCCAUUCAUUCAAAGAUAAUGUUAGGGUCAGCUAAGGAGAUAGUAAGACCUAACUUGAUGUGCCAGGGCAGUGUUAAACAUCAAAACCACAAGAAAAACUUCACACAAGCUUCAAUGAAAGAAAUGAGCCAAACCUCUAAACAAAUCACAUCUGCACAUACUUCAUCACCAAACAUGACCACAAACCAAGAGGGUGCAUUUCAAAAACUUGGCAGUACAAGUUCCCUAAAAGGAUACAAUGAAGUGAUUUCAUCUAGAAGGCAAAACAGAGCUGUCAAUGAUAUUUCUAAAGACCUUAAACUGAUGAUCAACUCUACGCAACUCAAUCAAUCCAGCAAUAAUGACAACCUUACUUCUAAAUCUAAGAACAGGUCUCAGUUCGCAGGUUCAGAGACAGACACUUCAAUCAAUACAUCCAUUUAUGCACCAGGUCAGUGCGGCCGGAUAAGCAACUUCCAGUUCCCUUUGAAGAGCCACAGAUCAUCCACCGAAUGCAGUCAACUGGGCAGAAUCUGUAGACCUGUGAUCAAAAGAGCCUGUGGGACGCCUGACAGCAGACUUACAUACUUGAAAUCUCCUCAAGCAUGCAAAAUUGUUUCCUUUUCCACAAACCAAACAGGGAGCACAGGGGGUAACGGAAGCUCAUCCCAAAAUAUAUGCCCUUCAGAUUCAGAUUCUUCUAAAUCUUCUUCAAGUGAAGCAAUCUUACAAGAAGAUUACAAAAGGUACCGAGGUUCACGGCUACACAAAAAGAGCCUCGCUAGAUGUAGGAUGAAGUUUGUCGGAGAGGAGAAACGUGAGGUUGCUUUUCAGCCGGACCCUCGUGAUCUACUCUGUACACAAUCUACAGAAAGCCCAAACACGCAAACCAACUUGGUUACAAAUUCUGAAAUGAAUGAAUGCUUUUCCCACAGUCCAGUUGUCCAAGAACAACAACCUGAAUCACUAUGUAACACUGACAGAAUCAAAAACCCAGUUUUUGAAGACAAGCUUCAACAGCGGGACAAAGCAGAAUGUAGAUUUCAUGAAAUACACACUGAGCAAGAAGACCACCCACAAUCACAUCCAUCUGUAGAUGCAGAGCUACAACCCUCUCCUGGAAAAUGUGUGUCUGCAGGGGUGGGGAACCCUGGUCCUGGAGGGCCACUGUCCUGCAGAGUUUAG